GAUUGAGCCGCAUAAAUCUGAUGCCUCACUGCUCGUGUGGAUAGCCGGGCGCCACCCAAACCGACUUGAAUUCAGCCGGGACUAUUUAGCGAUCGGAGCUCAUACAGAAGUCAUACGGAGAUGGCUACUGUUACUGGGAGCAUCGGAGUCCUUACCCGCAUCCGCUUGCCAAAAGCUAAAGGGUUCUCCAAAAGCCAGCGUACGUUCGACUGCAAGCGGUCCGCCUCCUUCGCCGCCGCUGCCAUCGCCGGCACCGCGGCAUCCGUCUCUGUCGAGGUCCCGGAACUAAAUUCUACCCUGGAAAAAAAUGGCAAGAGCUCUGAAUAUAGUGACACUCUAUUCAAUCUUGCAUGCCCAAUUUGUUACAAGCCAUUUGCCAGUAGAGGCGACCCACAAGUGACUUUGGCCUCCACUAUUGGGUCUGGAGUUGAAUGCUAUACAUGCAAGAAGUUAUAUUUCCAGAAUGAAACUUACUUGGAUCUCACGAUAGCAAGCGGAUUGGAGGAAUAUUCUGAAACAAUGCCAGCUGCAACAGAAAUAUUCAGGAAUCCUUUGGUGCCAUUUCUAUAUGAGAGGGGAUGGCGUCAAAGUUUUAUAUGGGGAGGUUUCCCUGGUCCAGAAAGAGAGUUUAAAAUGGCCCAAAAUUACCUUAAGCCUGCCACUGGAGGAACUAUUAUAGAUGCAAGCUGUGGGAGUGGAUUAUUCUCAAGGCUAUUUGCCAGAAGUGGACUGUAUUCCCAUGUAGUUGCUUUGGACUUCUCCGAGAAUAUGCUGCGACAGUGCCAUGAAUACAUUAAACAAGAGAACAUACCAAAAGAGAACUUAAUCUUGGUCCGGGCUGAUAUCUCCAGGCUUCCUUUUGUUUCAAAUUCCAUAGAUGGGGUGCAUGCGGGUGCUGCAUUGCAUUGCUGGCCAUCACCUUCUGCUUCUGUAGCAGAGAUAAGCCGGAUUCUUCGCCCUGGCGGCAUUUUUGUGGCCACGACUUUCAUUUAUGAUUUUAUUACAGUUCCAGUCUUCAGGGCAUUAAGAGAGUUCUACAUCCGGGCUACAAGCAACCACUUGUAUAUUUCAGAAAGAGAACUGGAGGAUCUCUGCAGAGCAUGUGGCCUGGUUGGCUUUAAAUGUGUGAGGAACGGACCAUUUGUGAUGAUCUCUGCAUCCAAACCUGUUUGUUGAACUUCCAAGUCUCAAACUAAUGGCAGUGCAGCUAUCAGCUCAUCUUGUCUAAAUCCAGGUUUUGAACAGUUUUUACCAUUUUUCUCUCUACAGUGGAAAAUUAUUUCAUGAAAGAAAUAAAGCAUAGAAUAAAUAUUAUGAUAGAAAGGGAAAAUACUGUGAUAAUUGUUUCAGAAGCGAAUGUGAAUUCCAAAAUCAACUAAAGCUUUGUUUGGUACGACUUUAUUUCUGCUUCUUAAAACAUUGUUUUGUAGUAGAAUACUAUUUUAAGAAGCAGUAAGAAAAUCGUCCCAAACGAAGCCUAAUUGUACAAAUUUGUUUAUUUUGUGCUUGAAUUGUUAUUAGAGAUUAUAGAGUACUAAUUGUCCACCUUGUUAA